GCUUCAGCCGCGAAGGCGAUUCGUCCCUCGCGCCUGGCCUCUGCUUCGGAAGGAGGGAGGAGGCGAAGAUGGCGGAGGAAGAGUGAGUGAGUUUUCGUGCUUCCUUUGCCUCCAUGGACGACGAGGAAGAGACCUACCGGCUGUGGAAGAUCCGCAAGACCAUCAUGCAGCUCUGCCAUGACCGUGGCUACCUGGUGACCCAAGACGAGCUGGACCAGACGCUGGAGGAGUUCAAGGCCCAGUUUGGCGAUAAGCCCAGCGAAGGGCGGCCCCGGCGCACCGACCUCACCGUGCUGGUCGCCCACAAUGAUGAUCCUACUGACCAGAUGUUUGUCUUUUUCCCUGAGGAGUCGAAGGUCGGGAUCAAGACCAUCAAGAUGUACUGCCAGCGCAUGCAAGAGGAGAACAUCACCCGGGCGCUCAUUGUGGUCCAGCAGGGCAUGACGCCAUCCGCCAAACAGUCCCUGGUAGACAUGGCGCCCAAGUACAUCCUUGAACAAUUCCUUCAGCAGGAACUUUUGAUCAACAUCACUGAGCAUGAGCUUGUUCCCGAGCACGUAGUCAUGACCAAAGAAGAGGUGACAGAGCUUUUGGCACGAUACAAGCUGAGAGAGAACCAGCUUCCUCGGAUACAAGCAGGGGACCCUGUGGCGCGCUACUUUGGGAUCAAGCGAGGACAAGUGGUGAAGAUCAUCCGUCCCAGCGAGACAGCCGGCCGGUACAUCACUUAUAGGCUGGUGCAAUAGUAGUUUUGUCAGGUAUUUUGGACUCAGACUUCUGUUCCCUCUUUUGCCUGACUUUGCAAUACUAGGAUGGGCAAAUCGUAGCCGACAAGUGACUAUUUUGGGCAGCUCUUGGAACCUUUUUGCCCAGUCAUGCUGGAGGACCUAGAGAUUACCUUUUGGAGUUUUCCUGACCGAGGUAAAAGGGCCAUACUCUCAUCCCGAUGGUACCUUUUGUUAUCUUCCAUCUAGUUUGACCGCCUCCCUUCUGGAGAUGACCGCCUGGCUUGUCUAACCACCAUGAGACUAGAUUGACCUGUCUUCCCAGCAUGGCUCUGGACACUGAGAACCCCAAAGACUCUUGAAGGGGUUGCCCCGAUCAAUGCCCUGCCAUUCUCUCCACGCUCAGCCGACAUCUUUUCUAGGUGAAAAUGGGACUCGCUCUAAAUGGACACUAGGGUUUGAAACCUGAAGUCUGGAAUGCUUCCUCUCCAAUGCAACUGCUGUAAUAAAGGAUUAGGAUGUUUUAUUUUUUGAAAAAAAUCUUUUUUUAUAUGCAUCUUUUCUCUCACAAAGGGACCCAAAGGGGCUUUCAACAUGUUAAAAAUACAGUACAAAAUCAAACACACAAAUAUAAAACAUUAUAAACAAGCAAGAUCAAACAAAGCAGUAUACAUUAUUGUGCAAUCUUACCACAUUAUAUUGCACUUAGCAUAUUGUUAUUAUACGUAAUAUUAAUAACAAUAUUAAAUAUGAAUAACAUAAUUUUGUCUUGUAAAAAAGCUAAUAGAGGCAGAAGCAGAAUUAACUGCACUUGUCAACAUUUCCAGCAAAGACAAGAUACAAAGAUUAUGAUGUAUGGCCUAUAUAGCAAAAUAGCUGAAUUUAAUCUAAUAAAGUUAAUACAGAUGUUAUAAAAAGUAUUUUUAUAUAAUGUGCACUAUUAGUAUGACAAGGUUCAGUCAAUCCAAAUUAUGAGUUUCAUACAAUCUAUUUGGAAAUAAUAGGACAGAAAGAAA